AUGACGUCAAUACAGAUAACUGUCCCUGCUGCCUACUUGCGGGGAGGAACGAGCAAGGCGCUCUUCUUCCACGAACGAGAUAUCCCACCCUAUGGGCCAGACCGAGACCGGUUCUUGAUGCGUGUCAUGGGCUCGCCAGACCACAUGCAAAUCGAUGGCAUGGGCGGUACAUACCCCGUGACGUCCAAGGUCGCCAUCGUAAGGCCGUCGGACCGCGAGGAUGCCGAUGUGGAUUUCAUAUUCGCUCAAGUGUCUGUAAACGAGAGCUUCGUAGACUAUGACGCCACAUGUGGAAAUAUAUCCGCCGGGGUUGGACCUUUCGCAAUCAAUGAGGGACUCGUGAAAGAGAGGAGAUUGGGGAAAAUGGCAGAGGGAUAUACCACCCAAGAAGUCAGGAUAUACCAGCCACUAAGCACGCAGAAAGCUCUCAUGGCGCAUGUGCCCAUCAGUGAGAAAACGGGUAGGUUUGUCGAAAAGGGAGAAUAUCGAAUCGCUGGCUGUCCAGGAAGCGGAUCGCCCAUACUCAUGGACUAUCGCGAGACGACUGGAGGCGGCGUUCACAAAGGACUCAUGCCAACCGGCCAGCCGGUCAACGAAAUGGAUAUCGAUGGCCAUACGAUUGAAUACACUAUCUGCGACGCAGCGCACAUCAUCGCCUUCGCUAGAGCUGUCGACUUCGGACUCCAGGGCAACGAACAUCCCCGAGCCAUCAACGAGGACAAAGGGCUCUUGAAAAGAGUUCGAGAAUUUCGAGGCAAGGCAGCACACUCAGUCGGCUUGUGUCGCGAGCCAUCAACAGUCGACGAGGACUCACCUAUCCUACCAAUGAUAGCGUUGAUAUCAGAGCCUUCACAGGAGGACGCACACAUCCAAUCGAGGCUUUUCCUGGACAACGCAUGUCAUUCGGCUAUGGCAGGUGCAGGGGCGACGUGUACAGCUGCGUGUAGCCGGAUGCCUGGUUCGCUGGUCGCCCAGCUCAUGAGCCAGUCUGCUCUGAAAGACAAGGUGUUCAACGUCCAGCAUCCGUCCGGCGUGUUGCCUAUCUCGAUUGAUACAGAGGGUUCUGGAGACGAUGGAAUGCCAAUCUUCAAGACUCUUUCGUUCGUUAGGACUGCUAGGUAUCUCUUUAAGGGAUAG